AAGACGUUGGGCGCCUUGAAGCGUGAUAUUCAAGACGAGUCGUGCAGUAAUACCGAUUCUGUGGCCAAAAAGCUUAAAGAAGAAUCCAAGAUCACGUUUCGAUUCGAAGGUAAUAAGAAACAGUUUCAAUUCAACCCCGACCUUGCAGAGAAGGUGAAGUCGGCGUCAGUUGCUCUCGGGAAGAGAAAAUUAGACCUUGUUAAAACUCACCUGGAAGAACUAGACUCUGACAUCAAGAAGCGCAACAAACUUAUCAGACUGGCAGACAAGUACGCCGCCGGUUGGGAUUUGGUGAACGAGUAUUUAUCAGACGAGCUGGCUAGCGGGUCAGAGGACGAAAAGCGUAUCCGCCGUGCCGAGCAGAGGGCCCUUCGUAAACGCAACCAUCGCCAACAGAAAGCGAAGCCAUCCAAGCAAGGUUAUUCACAACUCCAAUCAUCUACCGCAACCACCGCGUUUGCUGGCCAACAUUCAUCAUCCUCCAAACCUAUUUCUCGUACUUUUGGCGCUUUCAGCAAACCAAGACCAAGUGAUAUUUGUCUCGCCUGCGGCCAGCAAUGUCAUUGGAGAUCUCAGUGUCAAGUUAAUCCUCAAGCCAGAUCUUCAAGCUCGGGGCCGUUCUUUCCUAGUUCUUCUGGUCUUUCGGGCAUUGGAGGUAAAUAGGACCACAGAAUUAAAAACUUGUUCUCCAAGGUUAGAUAUUAGCUUUACUCAAUUUAUUAGACAUGUAUCCUUCUUAUUUGGAGUAUUUCAGGGAAAGGGACUCUAGUUCAUUAGUCGAUUUCGAUUAUGAUCGCAAUCUAGCUAUUUGAAUUUGAACAGAAUUCCGCAUUGCCAGUACUUAAGGGUAGACUUAGGUCCUGUUUAAGUUAUUGGCACACUAUUGGUGCCAAUAGUCUUGUUAUCGAUACUAUUAAAUUCGGUUAUCGGAUCUCAUUCAUUAGCACACCUUGUCAGGCGCGUUUUUCUAACAAUCAGUCAGCUCUUAAUAAUGCGUCUUUCGUGGAGUCGGCUAUCGCUGAGUUAGUCCACACUCACGCCGUCGUUGAGGUGCCCUUUAUUCCACAUGUCGUUAAUCCGCUCUCUGUCUCGAUACAGUCUUCAGGCAAGAAGAGGCUUAUUCUGGACUUACGUCAUGUCAAUGAUUUCGUUUGGAAACAGAAGUUUAGGUGUGAAGAUUGGAGAGUUUUAUUAUCAUAUGUCAAUAAGGGCGAUUACCUUUUCAGUUUCGAUCUCAAGUCUGGAUAUCACCAUAUCGAUAUUUUUCCGGAUCACCAAACUUUUCUGGGUUUCUCCUGGGUUUUUUCUGGUACCGUUCGGUAUUUUUGUUUUGCAUCACUUCCGUUCGGUCUAAGCUCAGCCCCAUACGUCUUUACCAAGUGUCUCAGACCACUCGUUAAGUUUUGGAGGUCUAACGGGAUUAAAAUUGUUGUGUUCCUCGACGAUGGGUGCGGAAAAGGGGAUUCACUGCCUAUGGCCAAGGAAAAUUCAUUGUUUGUGCAAUCAUCCUUAAGCAGUGCGGGGUUUGUUGCCAACUCCGCCAAAUCACUAUGGAACCCCAUUCAGGUGCUUGUUUGGUUGGGUUUAAACUGGGACUUAGUUAUCGGUACCAUUUCUAUUACCGAUAGACGUAUUUGCAAAUUUAUCGCUCUGAUUGACAAAUUUCUUCUAUCCGCACCUUAUGUUACGGCUCGGGAUUGUGCCGUUAUCGCAGGUCAUGUUAUGUCCAUGUCGCCAGUUUUGGGUAACCUGACUCGUCUCAAAACCCGUUUCCUUUACAAAGUCAGAGAAUCCCGCCGUAGUUGGGAUUCCCGUUUUAAUAUCGGGCUUCAUAAUGAUUGCCUCUCUCAAAUAUUUUUCUGGAAAAACAAUGUCGUUAGUCUUAAUACGAGACCUAUUUUGCCUUAUAAUGCUCUCCUUUUGUUUAGCUAUUCGGACGCUAGCAACGUCGCCUGCGGGGCUUUUGUUGUGGGCACUAAUGAGGUGUCCCAUCGUAUGUGGACUGCUUGCGAAGCAGCUAAGAGCUCUACCUGGAGAGAACUUAAGGCUAUACAAUUUGCCUUAAGUGCGUUCAAAGCCUUGGUUCGGGGUAAGUGUGUAAAGUGGCAUUCUGACAGCCAAGGGGCCGUUCGUGUUGUGGAGAUAGGGUGUCCUAGUGCAGAAUUGCAUUCUAUUGCGCUUGAUAUUUUCUAUUUUUGUCGAACUUACAAUACUUACACUUAUUCCCCAGUGGGUUCCCAGGGAACUUAAUGCUUGUGCUGAUGCGAUUAGCCACAUUGUAGACUUCGAUGACUGGUAUACAACCCCCGAGUUCUUCGCACACUUGGACCGCCUUUGGGGCCCACAUACAGUCGACAGGUUUGCGAAUACUGCCAACGCCCAUCUUCCCAGAUUCAAUUCUAGGUUUCGCGUACCCGGCACUGAAGCUGUUGACGCAUUUUCAAUCUCGUGGAAUGGAAAGAAUAAUUGGCUAGUCCCUCCCGUCCACUGCAUUACUAGGGCGGUUCAGCAUCUCCUUGUAUGCGGUGCGGUUGGUACUUUAGUCGUCCCUUAUUGGCCGUCUAAUGUGUUUUGGCCUUUCUUCUUCGCAAAUGCAAUUCAAUUUCAACCGUACGUCCUUGAGUACAUUCAUUUUCCCGACUCCUCAGGGGUUUUUGCCCUCGGGUGUUACAAAGAUUCACUCAUUGGUUCAGACAGGUUUAACAGCACGGUGCUGGCAGUCAGAAUUGGCGCUAAGGGGCCUUAGUUUUUUCAAGCCGAGUGGCUUUAUGUUGGCCCACGUGUUUUUUAUUCCGCUCGUCGGUUCAUUUGUCCUCGUUUCGCAUGAAACUAGCUCGCCGAGUGGCUUGUUUACCGUGGUUUUUGAGUUGGCCCAUUCGGCCUUAAAUAGUUUUGCAUCCGGUCAGGGGCAUUACCAAGCGUCCAUUUUUUAUUGCUGUAUUGACUCCCAGUGCGUGUAUUGAGGAAUUUUGCCAUAUAUUUUUGUUCUUAUCCUCGUAGAAGUUCUCAAAGUGCCUUGCAGCCUAAUUUUCAACAGGUUGAAGACGGGCGACUCCGGGCACUGGUUCAAGAUCUCCCCGCAGUUCUUCUUAAAUCCAAAGCCGACAGUACCGCGAGGAAGUACGAAAAGGGCUUCAAUACGUGGAGAAAAUGGGCUUCUCAGUUUAAAGAAAUUGUUAUAUUUCCCGCUUCUAGUGUGCACGUUUCAUUGUUCUUUCUUAGCUUGAUUCAAGAAUCUGCCUCUUGCAGCACUAUUGACGAAGUCCAUUAUGGGCUCAAGUGGGUGCAGGAUUUGGCAGGUCUACCCGACCCCUGUAAUUUCUCGUUAGUUUUACCUUUAAUAGAAUCUGCUAAGAGGCUUCUCAGUAUCCCUGUUAAAAAGAAAGAGCCUGUGACCCCCGAGGCUAUUCAGCUUUUAUUUUCUAAGUAUGGAUCGUCUUCAGCUAGUUUGUCUGAUUUACGAGUGCUUACUUUGUGCGUUUUAGGUUAUGCAGGGUUUUUUCGCUUUAACGAGUUGGUUCAGUUACGCAGGUGUGAUUUUCAGUUUGAAGAUUCUUUUAUGAGAAUCUUUGUUCAUCGAAGUAAGACUGACGUUUACAGGGAUGGGGCUUGGGUUGUUAUCGCUAAAACUUUCAAGCAUACAUGUCCUUAUUUAUUAGUUCAACGCUAUUUUGUGGCCACUUCUUUUUCAGCAGACAGCGAAGAGUUCAUGUUUCGCCCUCUUGUUUUUCUUCGCAGUACCGGAGCUUAUAAAUUGCGCGGGUCUGUUCCUUUGUCUUAUACUAGAGCGCGGGAGAUAGUGCUUAGCGCUUUCGAUUCCAUCGGCCUUCCCAAGCAAGACUACGGUCUCCAUAGCCUUAGGGCCGGAGGUGCCUCCGCUGCUGCUAAUGCUCGAGCGCCUGACAGAUUGUUUAAAAGACACGGCCGUUGGAAAUCAGACAAGGCAAAAGACGGUUACAUUAAGGAUAGUGUUCAUUCAUUGUUGUCGGUUUCGUUAUCACUGGGUAUUUAA